AUGGCAGCACGGCUAGCUUGGAGCUUGGCCGAGUUCAAGGCUGGAAAGCCUUUUCUCAGGCUGAGACUGACAGAUCUGAGCAUGAAGAGGUGGACGGCGAGCGACCCCGCCGCAUCCGUCGCCGUCCAGGUCGGUCAUGCCAAGCUGAGGACACCAGAUGAGCUGUCUGUGGUUACCACCUGGAAGAUGUUAUUCAGGCUCAUCUUUCAAGGCUACUACAACCGCAUGCAUGAAAUGCAGCUGCAUGACAGACAGCUCUACGGUCCGAUAUACAGGACAGAGGUCGGCAACAUGAAGCACAUUUCGCUAAGCAGUGUCGAAUUGGUUGAGGAGCUACUCCGGAAGGAUGAGAAGUUCCCCAGCAGGGGGGACAUGUCCCUGUGGACCGACUACCGGGAUCUGAAAGGCCUCAGUUACGGGCCCUUCACUGAGGAAGGGGAAAAAUGGUACAAUCUAAGAGCCGUGCUCAACAAACGUAUGCUUCACCCCAAAGACUCUGUGAAAUAUGAUCAGGUGAUCAGUCAGAUUGUGGCAGACUUCAUCAAGAGGAUGCAUAAUCUUCGCAGGAGCAGCCCGACAGGAGACCUUGUGACCAAUCUGUCUAACGAGCUUUACCUCUUCGCCCUGGAAGGGAUCUCUUCUAUUCUGUUUGAGCGUCGGAUUGGCUGUCUGGAGAACGAGAUUCCUGCUGAGACCCAGGAGUUCAUUGACUCUAUUGCCCUCAUGUUCAGCUAUAGCAUGAUGGUGGUCCUGUUCCCAAAAUGGGCACGUAACAUCCUGCCCUUUUGGGGCCACUACGUUGCCGGCUGGGACGGAAUAUUCAAAUUUGCUGGGAAGUUGAUUGACAUAAAGGUGGAGGAACUUCAGAACCAAGUGGACUCGGGCCGGGAGGUGGAGGGAGCAUACUUAACGUACCUGCUUUCCAGCACCAACAUGAGCGUUAAGGAGGUGUAUGGGAGUCUUGCCGAGCUGUUAUUGGCUGGAGUAGAUACAACUUCCAACACAGUAAUGUGGACUCUCUAUCUGCUGUCACGGGACCCUGAAGCACAGGACACUCUGUAUCGGGAGGUGGUUAACCUGAGCCCAGGAGACAGGAUCCCUACAGCCCAGGAUGUGAACCAAAUGUCUUUCCUCAAGGCUGUUGUCAAGGAGACCCUGAGAAUGUAUCCCGUAGUCCCAGUGAAUGCGCGGAUCAUGUCAGAAAACGAUGUGGUGAUUGGAGGAUAUUUCUUCCCUAAGAAGACAACCUUCACGCUCUGCCACUACGCAAUCAGUUAUGAUGAGAAAACGUUUCCUGAGCCGUGGAAAUUCAAACCGGAGCGAUGGCUGAGGGACGGCAGAGUACGACCCAACCCGUUUGGCUCCAUUCCGUUUGGGUUUGGAGUUCGAGGAUGUGUGGGUCGUCGUAUCGCCGAGCUGGAGAUGUAUAUGCUGUUGGCAGCGAUCAUCAAACAGUUUGAGGUCAGGCCGGACCCCGGCUUAGGUGAGGUCAAGACAGUUAAUCGCACUGUCCUGGUUCCAGACAGACAGGUCAGUCUGAACUUUCUGGAGAGGAAGACAGCAUCUGCUCAAUGA